UCCACUGUGAUCCACAGGAAGAACAAGACACGUCACCAGCACACGAGACAGGUUGUGUCUCCAGCUUUGAGGAGCAGCACGCGCACACACACGCACACACACACACGCACACACACACACACGCACACACACACACACACUCCACAGUCCGAGCAGACAGCAGACACAGAAUGAGCCUCACUGCCAUGACCUGGCUCCACGUCGUCUCCCUCUUGCUGUUGUGCAUCAGGGACUCGACGUCCCUCUUCCUGCCUGACUCCAAAGAGCUGAGGCAGCUGCUGAGCCGCUACGAGGAGGAAGCAGACAGCAGCAGCAGCAGCAGCAUCAUCAGCAGCAGCAGCAGCAGCAGCAGCAGGUCACCUGGCAACAGGACCCGACGAUCCAUUCGCUGGUCAGACCGCGACGAGAUCCUGCAGCUGCACAACAAGCUGAGAGGGGGCGUCUACCCCACUGCCUCAAACAUGGAGUACAUGGUGUGGGAUGAUGAGCUGGAGCGCUCAGCCACUCACUGGGCAGAGCAGUGUCAGUGGGACCAUGGACCACAGGACCUGCUCAUGUCUAUUGGACAAAACCUGGGGGUUCACUGGGGCAGAUACCGCUCCCCCGCCUAUCACGUGCAGGCCUGGUAUGACGAGGUGAAAGACUACACUUACCCUUACCCCCACGAGUGCAACCCCUGGUGUCCAGAACGCUGCUCUGGACCCAUGUGCACACAUUACACCCAGCUGGUCUGGGCGACCACGAACCGAGUGGGCUGUGCCGUGCACGUGUGUCCAAGGAUGAACGUGUGGGGGGAAAUCUGGGAGAACUCCGUGUACCUCGUGUGCAACUACUCGCCAAAGGGAAACUGGAUCGGAGAGGCCCCGUACCAACACGGCCGGCCUUGUUCUCAGUGCCCUCCCAGCUACGGAGGAGGAUGUCGGAAUAAUCUGUGUUACAAAGCUGCAGAGUCUCAGCGCUCAGAGACCGAGGACAUGAACGAGGUGGAGAAGCCGCAGGUUCCACUCCCGCCCCGCACCACCACUAAACCGCCUCCUAAACCCAAACCCUCGGCUCCAAAGAAACCAGCGUCCAAGCCGUCCACACCAAAGACUCCGAGCAACAACUACUUAGCUCAAACCAUUAAGUGUGAGACCAGACUGCGAGACACGUGCAGAGGAGCGACGUGCAGCAGGUAUCACUGUCCAGCCAACUGUCUGACUAAGAAAGGAAGAGUGUGGGGAAGUCUCUUCUACGAUGUGCAAUCGAGUAUUUGCCGAGCGGCGAUUCAUUUAGGAGUCACUGACAACAGCGGAGGCCUGGUCGACGUCACACGAGUGGACAAGUUACCCUUUUUUGUCAGAAGCACAAAGAAUGGCGUCGAGUCGCUCAGUAAAUACAAACCUGGAAAUGCCUUUGUGAUGACCAGAGUGGAGGAAGUGACGGCUGACUGUUACACCACAGUGGCUGAAAUCUGCGCCUUCAAAAAGCCCAACUCACACUGUCCAAGAAUUGUCUGUCCCACCAACUGUAAGUCUCAGCCGUCUUACUGGUCGCCUGUCGUUGGGAACAACAUCUACACAGAUAGCUCCAGUAUCUGUAAAGCAGCCAUCCACGCAGGGGCGAUCGGCCCAGACGGUGGUUUAGUGGACGUCCUGCCUUUGGACAAGAGAAAGAACUACGUCGGCGUCCUGAAAAAUGGCAUCCAGUCUGAAAGUAAGAGCAACACGGAGGGCGGCUCCUUCCGAGUGUUCGCGGUGAGGGAGUGAGGCGUCCGUGGAACAGAGAGCAGGGCGUGGCCACAGGUUGGAAAUGAAGGCUGUUCGUCUCUGUCUGCUCUUCAGUGGAAACAGAAUGUCCCAACACAUCAAUCAGCACAUUUUCUCUUAGUUAUCAAACAGAUAUGGAUAUUUCUUAGGCUUAAUCUGUGAACACAGAAUAUUGUAUAUGUUAGGAUUGAACAGCUGGUGCUGGACGUGUAGAGUAAAGUACUAUGUUUACAUUCAUUCUUAUUACAAAUAUACGUUGGUUUUCGUACACAGGAAUGUAUACUGAUCACACUGUAUUUAAUCAUCGUGUACAGAAUAUAUGAUAUUUUGUUUGUUUUAAAAAUGGAGUACCAUAUAUUAACCCUUUAAUGCUAAGUUCUGAUUUAUUUUUAAUUUUAUUGCCUUCCUCUUUCUUCCCGCUCUUUAUUUAACCUUUAUUUAAGCAGGUAAAUUCAGAUUUAAAUCUCUUUUCCAAGGGUACAAACAAUACAUUCAAUUCAUUUAGGAGUUCCAAAUGAAAUGGCAAAGAAUGGAUUCUCGUCGUGUAAAGUUUAAGAUGGAGUGAGAUGAUAUUUAAUUCAGAUAUUUUGAGUUCUUUGUCACCUGCACGAUGUUUGCUUUCAUGCUCGUGAACAUUUGGACCAUGAAAGUCAGACAGAGGACAGAGCAGCACACGUGACACACACAUACAUGUGUAUAAAAGCAUCAGGUACUGCAGCAGUUUUAUAAAGAUGUUACACAUUUUAGAUGAUAUAUAUUAUAUUGUAUUUUAGCAUCGUCAUCAUCCCUCACAGAAAUGAAUGCUAUCAAUUUAAAGGCCUUAAUUAUACCAGACACAUUAAACCAUGUGACUCUCGGUUUCCAUGACAAUUUGAAUUGACUUUAUCUCUUUAUUCUACCUCAGUCCUUUUGCUGCGCUACAGUCUUUUCUAUAAGGGAACGGUUUUUAAGGGAAGUGUAAAUAGUCUGAUAUUUUGUUUUCCACUAAGCAGUAAGAUAUUAACUCAAAUGUGUGAAUUUAUUUCAGUUGUCUCGUCGGUUUGUAUUGUUUUUAUACAGGUGCGGGGGUGGGUUCUAUGUAUUUGGCACAAUUUGAAAAUAAAGUAUGUUUUAUAUGUAAAACAGAA